AUGGAUGUACCGAGGAUUGAGAAGACAAAAUUGCAAGCACCUGAUGUUGCGGUCUCUGCAGUAUUGGUUCCAAGUCAAGAGUUACCAGCCGAAACACCUACUGUGGCUGGUUAUGAUUGGGAGAAUGGUACAGACUAUAACAAAAUACUUGAAAGCUACACCCGCACUGGCUUCCAAGCAACCAGUUUCGGUAAAGCUGUUACUGAGAUAAACAAUAUGCUUAAAUGUCGUUCAAUUCCUUUGACGGAAGAAACAAGCGACCCUUACGAAGAGGAUGUAUUUAUCAAGAAGAAAACGAAUUGCACCAUAUUCUUAGGCUUUACUUCUAACAUGAUUUCUUCGGGCUUACGUGAUACAAUACGUUUUCUAAUUAAAAAUAAACUUGUGGAUUGUAUUGUUACUACCGCAGGCGGUGUAGAGGAAGAUCUGAUAAAAUGUUUAGCACAAACAUACGUAGGAGAUUUCAACUUAAGUGGAAAGAUAUUACGGUCUCGUGGCAUCAACAGGAUUGGUAAUUUGCUAGUUCCUAAUGAUAAUUAUUGUUUAUUUGAAGAGUGGGUUACGCCAUUGCUUGAUGAAAUGUUGGAGGAACAGAUCCGAGAUGGCAUUAUAUGGUCACCAUCAAAAAUUAUUGCCCGAUUAGGCGAGAAGAUAAAUGAUGAGAGUUCAGUUUGCUACUGGGCUUGGAGGAAUAAUAUACCUAUCUUCAGUCCUGCUUUGACUGAUGGAUCAUUGGGUGAUAUGAUGUAUUUCCACUCAUACAAGCGUCCUGGACUUAUUAUAGACAUACUGAGCGACUUACGCAGACUUAAUACAAUGUCUGUUAAAGCAAAUAAUACUGGAAUGAUUAUAUUGGGCGGUGGUUUAAUUAAACAUCACAUAUGCAAUGCCAACUUAAUGAGAAAUGGUGCCGAUUUUGCAGUAUAUGUUAAUACGGCAAGUGAGUUUGAUGGAAGUGAUGCAGGUGCUAGACCAGAUGAGGCUGUAUCUUGGGGCAAGAUAAGGGCCAAUGCUACCCCAGUAAAGUUAUAUGCUGAUGCAACAUUGGUUUUUCCACUACUAGUCGCUCAGACAUUUGCUAGGCAUCAUUUUAGUAAUAAAAAGAAUGUAUAA